GCUCGUUACAUAUACCUACAUUAGCUUCAGCAGCUUAGCGCGAUAAACACUGUGAGUCAUCAGUUUCAAUAUAGCUCGCAAAAAUAACAAGCGGCGUGACGAUCGUACACAAUGAGCAAAAUUCACGAAGGCAUCAACUGCGACGUAUGUGGCGUUCAGAACUUCCCCGGAAUCCGGUACGCCUGCCUCAGCUGCCAUGAUUACGACCUGUGCGAAAGUUGUCAGCAGCGGGGAGCAUUCAGCAAAACGCACGCCCCUUAUCACCCGCUGCAACCCGUCGCGACGCAGUAUGAUUUCGUGCAAAAGUUCCAACAUAGUGCGACGAAAGAGUUCCAGAUCUACCGCUGCCCGCACUGCGGCCAGGAUGGGUUCGGCUUGUCGGCGUUGCUCACGCACCUAAAGGCGGUGCAUCCGGAGUGUAAAAAUAGGGUCCGAUGUCCAGUUUGCGUCACGUUUCGAAUCGGGCGGUACGGUUCGGAUUUGCUCGAUUGGAGUUUGGCGUUUCACAUCGAGAACGGGCACAUGGGAUUCAAUACCGAUGUGGAACACACGUUUAAAACUCUACAGUACGCAGCAACGUCCUAUUCGAGAGGAAACCCAUCUUGGUCAAUUGAUGCUGACGGUGCAAUCUGCAGCAUAUGUACAGCCAAACUGGGAACAAACGGAGACAUCUACAGUUUUUUGCAAUGCGGUCACGGAUUUCAUCGUUCUUGUAUCGAUUCGUGGUUGGAGAACAACAACCUAAGCUGUCCAAUUUGUCUCGUUCCGAAAUAAAUCGGCGAUGCUUUCGGAUGAAUGGAAAUCGCACAUUUUUUAUGUUCUCGAUACAUAAUAGUUAUAUUGUAAUAAUAAAUGAUUUAACCACUUCUUC